AGGAAGGGAGGAUUCUGAAUCCAUCAUCCAUAAAAGGGAGGCCAACCACUCUCUUUCUACGAACUCCAUCUCUCUACUUGGUCCCAUUCUGCUCUCCUCUACUCUACUCUACUCACUCCCCCAACUGCCAGCCAAAUCCUCUCUCCGUUUCUCUCUCCUCCUCUGUUUUCCUAGCUGAGCAGCUCCUCCAUUUCCCAAGCACACCAACUCCUUCCAGAGGCCGACGCAGUCGGCGCCAUUCAAUGCCACGCACCAAGCCUCUGAGACACGACGCACACACCGCCAUCUCCUUUAACUCCUUCCCCUGCCCCGUCGCUUCCCGACGCUGACUCGAGCGGGAACCAAUGCGCCCAUGCACAUACCCCGCCGUAUGCGUGCGUGCGCCUCCAUCCCGACUCGCCCCUGCUCCUCUGCUCAUGCACUCCCCACAAGUUGACACCUAGGAUAGAGGCGAGCAGUGAGGUGCACCAAGAAAGUGGCAAUGGUGAGGGCGGCGCGGCGGUUCUUGGCGUGGCCGGCAAGGCUGCUGGUGGUGGUGGUGGUGGUGGCUCUGCUUUCAUGCAUGGCCGCGGCGGAUGACGGUGGCGUGCUGUUGAAGGUGAAGAGCGCGCUCGUCGCGGAUCCCGAGGGGGCCCUGGCGGGCUGGAACGACAGCGGCGCCGGCUCGUCGGGGUUCUGUUCCUGGGCGGGCGUGGCGUGCGACGCGGCGGGGCUCAGGGUGGUGGGUCUCAACCUGUCCGGCGCGGGGCUGGCGGGGCCGGUGCCCCGCGCGCUCGCGCAGCUCGACGCGGUGGAGUUGAUCGACCUGUCGUCGAACCGCCUCACGGGCCCCAUCCCGGCGGCGCUCGGCGGGCUGAUGAGGCUUGAGACGCUGAUGCUGUACUCAAACCGGCUCACGGGCGAGAUACCAGCGUCGCUGGGCGCGCUCGCGGCGCUCCAGGUGCUCCGGGUCGGCGACAAUCCAGGGCUGUCGGGCGCCAUCCCCGACGCGCUCGGGAGGCUCGGCAACCUCACCGUGCUCGGCCUCGCGUCCUGCAACCUCACGGGGCCGAUCCCGAGGAACCUCGGGAGGCUCGCCGCGCUCACGGCCCUGAACCUGCAGCAAAACGCGCUGUCCGGGCCGAUACCGCCGGAGGUCGGCGGCAUGGAGAGCCUCCAGGUGCUCGCGCUCGCCGGCAACCAGAUCACCGGCGCGAUACCGCCGGAGCUCGGGAAGCUCGCUGGACUCCAGAAGCUGAACCUGGGGAACAACUCGCUGGAGGGCGCCAUACCGCCGGAGCUCGGCUCCCUCGGCGAGCUCGAGUACCUCAACCUCAUGAACAACCGCCUUUCCGGGCGCGUUCCGCGUGCGCUCGCCGCGCUCUCGCGCGUGCGCACGAUCGAUCUGUCCGGCAACAUGCUCUCCGGAGAGCUUCCUGCUGAGCUCGGCCAGCUGCCGGAGCUAAACUUCUUGGUGCUCUCCGACAACCACCUCAGCGGCAGCCUCCCCGACGACCUGUGCGGCGGUAGCGGAGGCGAUGAAGCAGAGUCCAGUAGCCUCGAGCACCUCAUGCUCUCGACGAACAACUUGUCCGGGGAGAUACCGGAGGGGCUCUCUCGGUGCCGCGCGCUGACGCAGCUCGACCUGGCGAACAACAGCCUCUCCGGCCCCAUCCCGGCUGCGCUUGGUGAGCUCGGCAAUCUGACGGACCUGCUUCUCAACAACAACACCCUCUCCGGCGAGCUGCCGCCGGAGCUCUUCAAUCUCACCGAGCUCCAGACUUUGGCAUUGUAUCACAACCAGCUCACCGGCCGGCUGCCGGAUGCCAUUGGCCGCCUCGGGAAUCUCGAGGUGCUGUACCUGUACGAGAACCAGUUCGCUGGCGAGAUACCGGAGUCCAUUGGGGAGUGCGCGAGCUUGCAGAUGAUCGACUUCUUCGGGAACCAGUUCAACGGGAGCAUACCGGCGUCCAUGGGAAACUUGUCCCAGCUGAUCUUUCUCGACUUUCGGCAGAACGUGUUGUCCGGAUGGAUUCCUCCGGAGCUCGGUGAGUGCCGGCAGCUCAAGGUCCUCGAUUUGGCGGACAAUGCUCUGUCCGGGCCGAUCCCAGCGACGUUCGGCAAGCUCCGGUCACUCGAGCAGUUCAUGCUGUACAACAACUCGCUCUCCGGCGCCAUCCCGGACGGCAUGUUCGAGUGCCGGAACAUCACGAGGGUCAACAUCGCGCACAACCGGCUCGCUGGCAGCCUCCUGCCGCUCUGCGGCACGGCGAGGCUGCUGUCGUUCGACGCCACCAACAACUCCUUCGAGGGUGGGAUCCCCGCGCAGCUCGGCCGGUCGUCCUCGCUCCAGCGCGUGCGCCUCGGGAGCAACAUGCUCUCCGGGCCGAUCCCGCCGUCGCUAGGCGGCAUCGCCGCGCUCACGCUGCUGGACGUGUCGAACAACGCGCUCACCGGCGGCAUCCCGGGCAUGCUCGCGCAGUGCACGCAGCUCAGCCUCAUCGUCCUCAGCCACAACCGGCUGUCAGGGCCAAUCCCGGACUGGCUGGGCUCGUUACCGCAGCUUGGGGAGCUGACGCUCUCCUAUAAUGAAUUCGUCGGAGUGAUUCCGAUGCAGCUCAGCAAUUGCUCCAAGCUCCUGAAGCUCUCACUCAACAACAACCAGAUCAAUGGAACAGUGCCACCUGAACUCGGUAGCUUGGUGUCCCUCAACGUGCUGAAUCUUGCACACAAUCAGCUCUCAGGUCCGUUUCCGACGACGAUUGCAAAAUUAAGCAAUUUGUAUGAGCUGAAUUUGUCACAGAAUUACCUGUCCGGUCCAAUUCCUCCGGAUAUCGGCAAGUUGCAAGAGCUGCAGAGCUUGUUGGAUUUGAGCAGUAAUAAUCUCAGUGGCCACAUUCCUUCAUCACUCGGGUCACUCUCCAAGCUGGAAGACCUGAAUCUUUCUCACAAUGCUUUGGUCGGAGCAGUGCCGUCUCAGCUUGCUGGCAUGAGCAGUCUGGUGCAGUUGGACUUGUCCAGCAACCAGCUGGAAGGGAGGCUGGGCACCGAGUUCGCCCGGUGGCCGCAGGGCGCGUUUGCUGACAAUGUCAGGCUCUGUGGGAGCCCGUUGAGAGGUUGCAGCAGCGGGGACGGUCGGUCGGCUCUGCACUCGGCGUCCAUCGCGCUGGUGUCUGCGGCGGUCACGCUGGCGAUUGUCCUCCUGAUCAUCGUGCUCGCACUGAUGGCAGUGCGACGUCGGGGCCGGCGGUCAAGGGAGGUGAACUGCACGGGAUUCUCGUCGAGCUCGGGCAACACGAACCGGCAGCUCGUCCUCAAGGGCUCGGCGCGGCGGGAGUUCCGGUGGGAAGCGAUCAUGGAGGCUACGGAAAACCUGAGCGACCAGUUCGCCAUCGGGUCCGGCGGGUCAGGGACGGUGUACAGGGCCGAGUUGUCCACCGGCGAGAUAGUGGCCGUGAAGAGGAUCGCGCACAUGGACAGCGACAUGCUGCUGCACGACAAGAGCUUCACUCGGGAGGUCAAGAUCCUGGGCCGCGUCCGGCACCGGCACCUGGUCAAGCUGCUCGGGUUCGUCAGUUGCCACGACGGUGGCGGAGGCAGCAUGCUCGUCUACGAGUACAUGGAGAACGGCAGCCUCUACGACUGGCUGCACGGCUGCGGCGACGUUGACCGCAAGAAGCGGGUGCUCGGCUGGGACGCCCGGCUCAAGGUCGCGGCCGGGCUGGUGCAGGGCGUCGAGUACCUCCACCACGACUGCGUGCCGCGGAUCGUGCACCGGGACAUCAAGUCGAGCAACGUGCUCCUCGAUGGCGACAUGGAGGCGCACCUCGGCGACUUCGGCCUCGCCAAAGCCGUCGUCGAGAACCAGGCCGCCUGUGGCAAAGACUGCACUGAGUCAGCUUCCUGUUUUGCCGGAUCAUACGGGUACAUUGCGCCAGAGUGUGCUUACUCCUUGAAGGCGACCGACAGGAGCGAUGUCUACAGCAUGGGCAUGGUGCUCAUGGAGCUCGUCACUGGGCUCGUGCCGACCGACAAGUCCUUUGGCGGUGACAUGGACAUGGUGAGGUGGGUGCAGUCCAGGAUCGACGCGCCAUUGCCAGCGCGGGAGCAGGUGUUCGACCCAGAUCUGAAACCGCUAGCGCCGCGCGAGGAGUCGUCGAUGGCAGAAGUGCUGGAGGUGGCGCUCCGGUGCACAAGGACGGCGCCGGGGGAGAGGCCGACGGCCCGGCAGGUCUCCGAUCUGCUGCUCCACAUUUCGCUCGAUUAUUAUCGAGCAGAUGAGCACAAGCGUUAGGAUAUCAAAAGCUGGGAAAAUUUGUCCUAGGAGCUGCCUUUUCUCUGUUUCUUGUUUCGGCUAAAUUAGCUUACCUUUUCUGCAUGAAAUGAGCAAGAGAGUUGUGGUUUUAAGGGUUUGCCGUUGAAUCAAGAAUCCCCUUAAAUUGGAUUGUUUUAUCGUUAAUUUGGUUGAGUUUGGAAAUUGUUUGUACAUGCAUCUCUGAAAAUGUAAAGUAAUGAAGUAAAACAAAGUAUGCAAUGGUUGAGAUCC